AUGAAUAAAACACGGAAUUGUAGCCAAAUAGAUGUAGACAAUUUAUGUGAUCUGUAUAAUAUAGGGGAUAGAAAAAAUAAUAAGAAUAAAAAUAAUGAAAUAUGGAAUUUUAAUGAUUUGUUUGAAUAUGAGAAUGAGAUGAAACAUAAUAAUAAUGAUAGAAGAUCUACUUAUGAAAAAAUAAAAAGCACAGAAUAUAUAAAUAAAAAAAAUUCAAAGAAAAAUAAUAAUUCAAGUAAUUAUUUGUGUGAAUUAUCUGAGAAAAAAAGGUCAAAUUUUGAUAUAGAUGAAAAUAGAACCCACAGAUUGGUAUCAUUUUCAGAAACAUGCUCAGAUGUAGAAUCAUAUCCCAUGUCAUGGAAUGAAUCACAUAUAAGAGGUUAUAGCGAAUCGAGUGUAGAGUAUAUGAAUAAAGAAAAUGAUAAAGAAGGAAUAAAUUUAAAGAAUGAAAAACAUUAUUUUGAUUCUGAAAAUGAAGAAAUAAAAAAUAAAUGUGAGGAUAUUUUGAGUGAUGAAUAUAUUCGAGAUAAUAAAAUAAAAAAAAAAUUAAAUAAAAAAAAAGGAAAAAGAAGAGAUGAAAAUUAUUAUUCCCAAAAAAAUGUAAAAGAAUAUGGAGAAAAAAAUAAUAAAAGUGUAACAAGCAUUUAUGAAGGUAGUAAUGAUGAUUCUGAAAAUGACCAAUUAAAAUAUUAUAGAUGUAGAUAUUGUGAAAUAGAUUAUAUUGAUAGUGUUGUUCAAUGUAAUACAUGUGAAAGAUGGUUUUGUAAUGGAUCCUAUGGAACAUGUGGAAGUCAUAUUGUUACACAUCUAGUUCGAUCAAAACAUAAAGAAAUAAAGUUACAUAAAAAUAGUAUCCUUGGAGAAACUAUAUUAGAAUGUUAUAACUGUGGAUGCCGAAAUGUUUUUUUAUUAGGAUUUUUACCAACAUUAGAAGAAGGGGUAGUUAUUAUUAUAUGUCGAGAUCCGUGUUUAGGAUAUUAUAUUUCUAUAAAUAAUAAAAAUGGUAAAAAUGGUAAAAAUGAUAAAAAUGAUAAAAAGAUGAUGAAAAAAGAAAUAUCUAGUCAAGAUGAAGAGAGUGAAGGGGAAUCAAAAAUAAAAGAAUGCAAUUUAGAAAAAUGGCAACCAGUUAUAGAAGAUAGAUGUUUUUUAGAAUGGCUUGUAAAUAUUCCAAGAAAAGAAGAUGCAGAAAAAAAAGGUAAAUUAACAACAUCAGUAAAUGUAAAUAAGUUAGAAGAAUUUUGGAAAAAUAAAAAAGAUGUAUAUAUAAAUGAGUUAGAUUUAAAAAUAUUAGAUGAUGAACCCAAAAAAGUAAAAUUAAAAUAUACAGAUGCAAUAGAUUACAAAUUAACAUUUUCUCCAUUAAUUGAAUUAGAAUCAAAUUAUGAUAAAUCAAUAAAAGAAGGGCAUAAACAAACUAAUGUUAGAAUAAGAUGGGAUGUCGGAUUAAAUAAAAAAAGAUAUGCACAUUUUGUAUAUAUCAAAGAAGAAAGCGAAUUAAGAAUAGUAAUAGGAGAUGAAUUAAAAAUAUCAUAUGUAUAUCCAAAUGGUGAUAUAUGGAGUUGUGAAGGGCAUAUAUCUAGAUUAAAUACUAAUGAAGAAAUCGCAUUAGAAUUAAAAGUAUUAUAUAAUAUUGAUGGACCAUGGAAUUAUAAUAUAAACACAGGAUUUGUUGUUGAAUUUGUUUGGAAAAGUACUGCUUAUGAUCGUAUGCAAUUAGCUUUAAAUGAAUUUGCUUUUAAUUCAUUUUCAUUAAGUGGCUAUUUAUAUCACAAAUUAUUAGGUCAUGAUAUAAUUGAUGAACCUAUAGAUUAUAAUAAAAAAGAACUUAGUUUAAAUAAUGAUAAUAAGAGAUAUAAUUAUAACAAAAAAACAAAUGAUAAUUUAUCUACUUAUAAAAUUGUAAAUUAUUCUGCUCCUAAUUUAGCUCCAUUAAAUCAUUCGCAAAUAGAUGCAAUUCAAAAAAGUUUGAAUUCCCCACUUUCAUUAAUUCAGGGUCCACCUGGAACUGGCAAAACAUUAACAUGUGCAACAUUAGUAUAUCAUAUGCACAAAACGAAAAUGGGGGGAAAGGUUUUAGUUACUGCUCCAAGUAAUGUAGCUGUUGAUCAAUUAUCUGUUCGGAUUCAUAGAACCGGAUUAAAAGUUGUAAGGUUAUGUGCAAGAAGUAGAGAAUCUGUAUCUAGUAUAGCCGAUUAUUUAUAUUUACAUAAUCAAGUAAAAUUACUUAAAACAAAUAUAGGAGAAGAAUUAAAUAAAUUAUUAGAAUUAAAAGAAGAAGUAGGUGAAUUAUCUCAAAAAGAUGAAAAUAGAUUAAAAAAAUUAAUUUUACAUGCAGAAUAUAAAAUUUUAAUUGAAGCAGAUGUAAUAUGUACUACAUGUGUAGGUGCAAUGGAUAAACGAUUAAAAAAAUUCCGUUUUAAUCAAGUUUUAGUUGAUGAAGCAACUCAAUCAACUGAACCUGAAUGUUUAGUUCCAUUAGUUACAGGAGCUAAACAAAUAGUAUUAGUUGGAGAUCAUUGUCAAUUAGGACCUAUAAUUGUAUGUAAAAAAGCAGCAAGUUCUGGAUUAGGGAAAAGUUUAUUUGAACGGCUCAUGAUGUUAGGUAUUACGCCGUUUAGAUUAGAAGUGCAAUAUAGAAUGCAUCCAUGUUUAAGUGAAUUUCCAUCUUAUGUAUUUUAUGAUGGAUGUUUACAAAAUGGAAUUACAUUAAAAGAAAGAGAGUAUCCUUUAAAAAAUUUUCCAUGGCCCAAUUCUAAAUACCCUAUGUUUUUUUACAAUUCUAAUGGGCUUGAAGAAAUGUCUGCAUCUGGAACGAGUUACUUAAAUAGAAAUGAAGCACAAAAUAUGGAAAUAUUAGUGAGAGCUUUAUUAAAUUCUGGAUUAAAAGCUACACAAAUUGGUGUUAUAACUCCAUAUGAAGGACAAAGAGCAUAUAUUACUUCACUUUUUCAAAAAAAUAUUUCUUAUCAACAUUGUUUAGAUAUCGAAGUUGCAUCUGUAGAUGCAUUCCAAGGACGAGAAAAAGAUUUUAUUCUUUUAUCAUGUGUACGAUCGAAUAAAAAGUUAGGAAUUGGAUUUUUAAACGAUCCGAGAAGAUUAAAUGUUGCAUUAACAAGAGCAAAAUAUGGAUUAAUAAUUUGUGGUAAUGCAAAAGUUUUAUCUAGACAUCAUUUUAUUUCUAAAGAAAAAAUAAAUUCCAAUGAAACUAUUACAAAUGUAAAUUCAGUUUGGAUUAAUUUGUUAAAUCAAUUUAAAAAAAAAAAUUUAAUUGUAGAAGGUUGUUUAUCCAACUUAAAACCAAUCACAAUUAAUAUUCCAACUCCAGUUAAACAACCAUCGAAAUAUAUAAAUUUUGAUUAUUUUCACGAUUUGAAAAAUAUAAGUAGCAAACUAUAUGAUAAGGAAAUAAAUAGAUAUACAAGAGGUGAUGGAAAUAGUAAAGGCAACUAUAAGUUUAGAUAUCAAAGAAAUAAUUCUCUUUUAAGUCAAAAUAUGUCAAAUAGUAGUAUAUGUAAUGAGUCAGUUAUUGAUCAAGAUAUUUAUAAUUUUAUUAAUGAAAGAAAAAGAAAAAAUAAAUAUUCCCUUAAUUCUUAUAUUAGUAAUCUUAGUCAGCUUUCUCAAUCCAAUGGUAGCAUAUAUGAUGAUAUUCUCAACUUAAAUGGGAUCAAUAGUUCUGAAAGUAUUGAGGAUGGUGAUUUUAAUCACAUAAGUUGGAAUUUUAAUGAAAACAAGAUUGAUAACAAAAUUAGUUCGAAAAAUGAAGACAUAUUUCCAUAUUUAUUUUAUCAAAAUAACGAUAUCAAUCGGCAAAAUAAGAAUAUUCAUUAG